AUGGAUCCGAUUGUUGCAGCAAAUGGGCUCUCGUUCCGAGUCGGGUUCUCCGGCCACAGUGGCCACCUCAGGCUCGAGCCUCUUUCUACCGACGAGAGCUCCAACCCCGUUAAUUCACUCCCUGAUUUCGUUCUGCCGCCGGCAUUUGCUAGGGAAACGCCUGAAUCAAUAAAAGAGUAUAUAGAGGACACAUAUCUCUCGCCAAGAUUGGACCCUGAAGUAUUUUCGCCGGAAAAGGUCGGGAGGCAGUGGGAUUUUGACUGGUUUGAUAAGGCAAAUGUACCCUUGGAGCCAUCAUUGCCGCGUACAGUUGUGGUUCCCACAUGGGAAUUACCAUUUAGGGGCCAAAAUGAUAGGUCGGUGGGAGGUCAAUGGGAACCUAAAUCCGUGCAGGUGGAUGUAUCAGAACUUACAGUAGGAGCUCAAGAGUCUGGUUCCUUGCCACGCGUGGCUGGACCAGCGAAGGAUUUUGUACGGGGAAGUAUCAACAACCGCCCUUUUCGCCCAGGAGGCUUGGAUGAUUCCAAAUCUCUAGAAAGAGUUCUUCCUGAUGGUGCUUCUAAUGGCGAGUGGGUUCACGAACUUCUGAUUGGUGGCUCUGCUCAGGCUGUACCUCCAAGCUUUAAGCAAGGAUUGGACCUUGGUGAUCUCAAGGAUUUGCAGAGUGAGUUGUCUGUGCAGUUUGAUGACUUGUUCAAGAAGGCCUGGGAAGAGGAUAUUGUUGAAUUUGAAGGAGAUGGUCAAUUGUCAGGAUCAGAAUCUGUUAAGUCAGAGGACGAAGCAAAUGAGGUUGAUGUUGCCAGAAAUUCGUGCGAGCCUGAGUUAUCUGUGUUAGAUGAGAUUUUGUCAGUUGAGGCAAAGUCAAGAUUCAAUGAAACUGAUGAUGAUGGUGAAAAAAACCCAGAGGCUUGGGCUAUUAGUGGAGGUACAGAAUGGAUUGCAGAGAAUUUUCAAGAUCUUAUUCCUGACAAGGCACUUGAUUUUCCUUUUGAAUUGGAUAAAUUCCAGAAGGAGGCUAUUUAUUAUCUUGAAAAGGGGGACUCUGUCUUUGUUGCUGCUCACACAUCAGCUGGAAAGACAGUUGUUGCAGAAUAUGCAUUUGCUUUAGCAUCAAAACAUUGCACCAGAGCUGUGUAUACUGCUCCCAUUAAAACCAUCAGCAAUCAAAAGUACAGAGAUUUCUGUGGAAAAUUUGAUGUUGGACUUCUCACUGGUGAUGUUAGCUUGAGGCCAGAGGCAUCUUGUCUUAUUAUGACCACAGAAAUCUUAAGGUCAAUGCUUUAUCGCGGUGCAGACAUAAUACGUGAUAUUGAAUGGGUUAUCUUUGAUGAGGUGCACUAUGUCAAUGAUGUCGAAAGAGGUGUUGUUUGGGAAGAAGUUAUUAUAAUGCUUCCAAGACACAUCAAUAUUGUCCUCCUUUCAGCUACGGUACCAAACAAAGUGGAGUUCGCUGACUGGAUUGGACGGACAAAGCAAAAGAAAAUCCGUGUUACUGGGACUACAAAAAGACCAGUCCCAUUGGAGCACUGCCUAUUUUACUCCGGAGAACUUUACAAAAUAUGUGAAAGUGAAAGCUUUAUUCCCCAGGGGUUCAAAGCUGCAAAAGAUGCAUUCAAGAAAAAGAAUAUGAGUGCUGCCACUGGUGGUAGUGGAUCACAUGCUCCAGCUCCAGCUUCUCAUGAUGGGGCUCGAACUCAAAAACAAAGUUCUAACUGGGGAAAACAAAAGAGGCAAUCUGGUCUCCAAAAUUCGGGGAAUUUCUCCAAAGCUGGUGGAGCAAAUCAAAACAAUGGAAAUGGCAUGAACAAUUGGGGUUUAAGGAGAUCAGAUGCCUCUUUGUGGUUGUCACUUAUUAACAAGCUCUCGAAGAAGUCUCUGUUACCUGUUGUUAUAUUUUGUUUCUCAAAGAAUCGCUGUGAUAAGUCAGCUGAUAGUAUGUAUGGGAUUGACCUCACAAGUAGUUCUGAGAAAAGUGAGAUUCGUGUGUUCUGUGACAAAGCAUUUUCGCGGCUAAAGGGAUCUGACAGGACUUUACCACAGGUUGUCAGAGUUCAAAACCUUCUUCAUAGAGGGAUUGGUGUCCAUCAUGCUGGACUGCUUCCAAUUGUUAAGGAAGUUGUUGAAAUGCUUUUUUGUCGUGGUGUAAUCAAGGUUUUGUUCUCAACAGAGACAUUUGCAAUGGGAGUCAAUGCACCAGCUAGAACGGUUGUUUUUGAUACGUUAAGGAAAUUUGAUGGCAAGGAAUUUAGACAAUUACUGCCAGGAGAAUACACUCAAAUGGCAGGCCGUGCAGGCCGAAGAGGACUUGAUAAAAUUGGUACAGUUAUUGUAAUGUGCCGUGAUGAAAUCCUAGAAGAAAGAGAUUUAAAGCAUGUCAUAGUUGGAAGUGCAACCAGGCUUGAAUCUCAGUUUCGGCUUACCUAUAUUAUGAUCUUGCAUCUCCUUCGUGUUGAGGAACUGAAGGUGGAGGACAUGCUGAAAAGAAGUUUUGCUGAAUUCCAUGCUCAGAAGAAACUACCAGAACAGCAGCAACUUCUGAUGCGAAAGCUUGCACAACCUACAAAAGCUAUUGAAUGUAUAAAAGGUGAACCAGCUAUUGAGGAGUAUUAUGACAUGGAAUCAGAAGCUGAGACAUAUAACACGGAAAUAUCGGAGGCAGUUAUGCAGUCCUCUGUUGCCCAAAAAUUUCUUACAGCUGGGAGAGUGGUAGUCAUGAAAUCACAAUCAGCCCGGGACCACUUGCUUGGAGUUGUUGUGAAAGCUCCUUCUUCUAGUAAUAAGCAAUACAUUGUUUUAGUGCUGAAACCUGAAUUACAAACUCCCCUGGCUAGUGGUAACUUGCAAGAUAGUAAAAACACCGAUUUUCCACAAGGUUAUUUCAUGGCACCAAAAUCUAAACGUGCUAUUGAAGAAGAUUAUUUUUCUGGCGUCACUUCUCGUAAAGGAUCGGGUGUCAUCAACAUAAAAUUACCACACCAGGGUUCUGCUGCUGGGGUAAGGUUUGAGGUUAGAGAAGUUGAUAACAAGGAUUUUUUAUGCAUAUGCAAUUGCAAGAUAAAGAUUGACCAAGUUCGGCUUCUUGAAGACGGUAGCAGUCCUGCUUACUUCAGGACAGUUCAACAGCUGUUGGACACAAAAUCCAAUGGAAAUAAGUACCCUCCAGCCUUAGAUCCAAUAAAAGAUCUGAAGUUGAGAGAUGUGAAUCUUGUGGAAACAUACUACAAGUGGAAUAACUUAUUGCAAAAGAUGGCAAAGAAUAAUUGCCAUGGUUGUACAAAGUUGGAGGAGCACAUUAUUUUAGCAAGAGAGAUAAAGAGACACAAAGAGGAAGUUAACGCUCUAAAGUAUGAAAUGUCAGAUGAAGCGCUGCAACAAAUGCCAGAUUUUCAAGGCCGGAUAGAUGUUCUGAAGGAAAUUGGAUGUAUAGAUGCCGACCUUGUUGUUCAAAUAAAAGGUCGUGUUGCAUGCGAAAUGAAUUCAGGGGAGGAGUUGAUUUGCACAGAGUGUUUGUUUGAGAACCAACUGGAUGACCUGGAACCAGAAGAAGCUGUGGCAUUAAUGUCUGCCUUUGUGUUUCAGCAGAAGAAUACUUCCGAACCUUCUCUUACUCCAAAACUGUCUCAGGCGAAACAAAGAUUGUACAACACAGCAAUAAGACUGGGCGAGCUUCAAGGCCACUUCAAAGUUCAAAUAAAUCCGGAGGAGUAUGCCCGAGAGAAUCUCAAGUUUGGUCUUGUUGAAGUCGUUUAUGAGUGGGCCAAGGGCACUCCAUUUGCAGAUAUUUGUGAACUUACAGAUGUUCCUGAAGGCAUGAUAGUGCGGACCAUUGUCAGACUUGAUGAGACGUGCCGUGAAUUCAAAAAUGCUGCAUCUAUUAUGGGUAAUUCUGCUCUGUACAAGAAAAUGGAAACCGCUUCAAAUGCAAUAAAGCGUGAUAUUGUAUUUGCGGCCAGCUUAUACGUCACCGGAGUUUAA